UCCUCAAGCAUUGUCUCCAUUGACCAAGCGGAAGUGGGCAAACCAGAUGCCAGCUGACAAGAUGCAGAGAAGUAGACCAGCAUCUCACACUCCCACGCCCACAAAGCCAUGGAACAUCCCGACUCACUCACUCACCUCCCGCUUCUCUUCCCUUGCCUACGCAUAUCCACCGCCCUGCAUUGCACGCCACUGCGCUGCAUAGAUCUGACCCGUCGAAGCCAGCCAGCCAUGAACAACGCUUGGACACCUUCUAAUGUCUCUCAUCUCUAUGUGGCGUGCGAGAGAAAACGCUGUUGCCGCACGAGGACAGAAGCGAUUCAGCAUCGGCCACGACCCACAGAUACAAAGGCUUGUCAUGCCGCACAUUGGCCGCCGUCUAGGCCACUGGUCGCCCUUCUUAUUAGUCGCCUCCUAGGGACGGCCCUUGGUAGCGGCCGCACUGGCGCGGAACUGGAGGCUCCGAUUGGCGAUGCCUCCAAGACAGAAUAAGACAUGCCGGAUCUAUUCGCUGGCUGCAGAGACUGCAGCAAUAGUGUACAGCCAGCGAGCGACUUGGCGCCCUAGCCAUCCCGCGUGGAUGUAGUUGCGUCGACUUGGACGAAUGGCUGGAAGUAUGCAAAUCCUUCGUCGUUCUUUAUUAGCCCCGGAUCGCCCUGCUACCGUGACGCUAGCCGUCCGGCCUGUCACCGGCAGACGAUUAAUCCUCCGGCCGGAUGUGUAUGAGUCUGUGGCGUCAGAGGCUGGCGACUAGUCCUGGAGA